AUGCUGUUCGGACGGAUAGACCUUCGAAAUGUGUUGGCCAAUAAGAUAAAAAUGAGGUUAAGGGUUCGGGAGCACGAUAAAGUUCACGUUAUCACUGAUUUAACCGAAACCUCAACAUUCCUCGAGUUGAAACGGUCAAUCCAAGCUCUUACUGGGAUACCGCCCUUGAAUCAAGAAAUCAAGACGGGAUAUCCACCCCGUGUUUGUGAAGCAAAUGACCAUGACACUUUAGUUUCACUUGGCCUACGAGAUGGUGAAGUUAUUAUUCUCUGCGAGAUAUCUCCGUCGGGUUCGUCCAACCAACCCGUUGGUCAACUCAUAUUGAAUUCUUCCUCCAAAGAGUCGAGCAUUACCACACCCGUUAGUCAACCCAAAGAGUCGAUCAUAGCUACACCCGUGGAAAAUGGAUUUGUUGUAUUAAGAGCCAGCCCGGAAUUCGAUCAGACAAUCUUUGAUGUAUCAGACGAUGCUAUAUUGAUGGCUGCUACCGAAAUUGCAAAUAAAAUGAAACAAAUGCAUAAAUACACAUACACGGCUGACUUCACUCUACGAUGUGAUCAAUGUAAAAAAGGGUUAAAAGGAGAUAAGGAGGCGAUACAACAUGCUCAGGAAACAGGUAGAUAUUCUCAUCUUUUGUUAAAUCGGUCAGUGUUGGUAAAGUUAAUUUUAUAA